AUGGCCCCUCGCAUUCACAUUAAGCAACAACAAACCCGCUCCCAAUCAUGCCGACUUGACAUUCUGAUUGUCGGAGCUGGCCUGGCAGGACUGGGCUCCGCCAUUAGCUGUGCUCUCGUCGGUCACGCUGUUCACAUUCUCGAAGCUGCCCAGGAGAUCAAAGAAGUCGGCGCUGGUAUUCAAGUUCUUCCGAACAGUUCGCGCGUUCUCCAGCAUUGGGGCCUGGAGGAGGCGUUGACCCCGUAUAUGACGUUUCCAAGUGUCUGUAAUUUUAUCGGAUGGAAGGGGAAUAAAAUCUCCCACAUGGACUUUCAUGAAUCCGAGAGCAAUUAUCCUGGAACAUGGUAUCGGGAUUUCCAUCGUGCGGAUCUCCAGCGGUGUCUUGUGGACAGAGCUCUGGAGCUAGGGGUACGAAUGACCUGCAAUGCACGCAUCGCAACCGUCCAUGUCAGCGAUGAUGGCGCCACAGCAACCGUCGUCGCAGCGGACGGGAGGCAAUGGGAAGGAGAUCUGGUGAUCGGAGCCGACGGUGUAUUUGGAAAGUUGACAGAGGAGUUGCUUGGGCGCAGCGAUCCCCCGGUCAAGACGGGGGAUCUCGCAUAUCGCCUAUUGUUGUCAACUGAAGAGAUGCGAAAAGACCCAGAGUUGGCACCCUUUGUGAACCAUCCGCAGGUCAACUACUGGCUGGGUCCUGAUGCUCAUGCUGUGAACUACGUACUUCGAGGCGGAGAUCUGUUCAACAUGGUCUUGCUUGUGCCAGACGAUAUCCCGGAGGAUUCCCUAGCAUCAACGAUCGAAGGAAACGUGCAGGAGAUGUGCGCCUUGUUUGAAGGCUGGGAUCCACGUAUUCAAAAGCUACUCAAGCUCUGCCAGUCGGUGCAGAAAUGGAGGCUUUGCAUCCGUUUCGGGGAGUUCGACUGGUCUCAUCCAUCCGGUUCAUGGAUAAUGCUGGGCGAUGCCGUGCAUGCGACUCUGCCAUAUCUCGCUUCAGGGGCCGGUAUGGCUUUCGAAGACGGUGCCGUUCAGGGCGAAUGCCUAUCUCGCCUCCCUGACCGUGAUGAUGUCGCAAAGACGUCGCCAGACUUCCUCCAGGCUAAAAGGCACGCCCUGUCUGUGUUCCAACAGUGUCGUAAGGAGCGUACAAAGAUGGUCGUUGACCGAGGAAACAUCCAACAAUAUUUAUAUCACCUACACGACGGGCCCGAACAAGAGGAAAGAGAUCGCAAGAUGCAGAUGACACCCACACCUGAAGGCGAGGCGCUGGCUUGGAGAGACCCAGGGUUGGCUCCGAAGCUAUUGGGUUAUGAUCAUAUUGCCGAUACCGAUGCCCAGUUUAAACGGGCUAUUACCUAUUUCUUCCCCACCACAUCAGUUACCGUCACGUAA